AUGGUAAUAGAGGGAGGCCCCGUGCCUCCGUGCCUACAGAAGUACACGUUCAUCAACGGAGGAUCGACAGGGUGGGUGUUUGGCUUGACCGACGACAUCGUGCUCAAGUAUGCCCGGCCCGGCCGCAUGGACAGCUUCCUCGCCGAGAACGCCAUCUACGACAAGCUCGAGCGCAGCGAUCGGCCGGCCAGUCUCAUGCAGAGCCUCCUCCGCCGGCCCGGCUUCAACUUUAUGCCGCGCAUGGUGCAGUCCCUCGACGAGCGUCUGCACGCCAACCAGGGCCGCCUCGAGCCCGUCGCCACCGUUGGCCGGUGGGCCGCCGAGGUGUCCGAGGCCAUGGCCUGGCUGGCGCGCCAUGGGCUGGUGCACGGCGACCUGCGGCCGCCCAACAUGCUGCUCGACGCGCGCGACCACCUCGUGCUCGCCGACUUCAACCUCGUCGCGCGCAUCGGCGAUGUCCACGGCGGCGCCAGCUGGCCAUGGGCGCACCGCCGCGUGUGCACACCGACGACGUGCAAGGACCCGUCCGGCUGCCCUGCCCGGUACGGCCACCACGGCGCCGCCACGGAGCAGUUUUCGCUGGGCUCCGUGCUGUACAACCUGGUCAAGGGGGUUGAGCUCGGCGGGUCCGAGGCGGAGCAUAUGGUGAAGGGCCACCUCGUGAUGCCUGUCAUGGGCGAUGCGCCUCUGGGGCGGUUUGUGCAGAGGUGCUGGAACGGGGAGUUUGCGGAGCUCGCGGAGCUCGCGCGCGAGGCGAAGCGGCUCGAGGGCGCCGAGGAUGCCGGAAAGGGCACAGGGCUGGGCACAGCGGAUAUGCGCGCGGCGAGGGCGCGCUGCGAGAGAUUCUUGGAGGAGGAGCUGGCGGAGAUUGUGCCGCACGAGGAGUCUGAGGCGGCGCAGGGCUUGAUGGGGACCUGCGAGCCGAGCUGA